CACAAUAAUUACGGAGUAUUUUCUGUUGUUAACUUAAACUUCCUUUACUUAUUCUUCCUGGCGGUUAUGAAUUGUUUUUUGUUAAAGAGCGUACAUGAACUAGCCAUCCUGGAAGAAAUUUUAUUUGCAAGAUUGUAAACAUGUGUCAGGUUAUUAUAUUUUGAAACGUUUCACUUCAUAUCAAUAUUAAAUUUAAAAAAUGAAGGAUUGAAUAAUUAUCUUUUAUUGGAUUUUACAUUGACGCGUCUCGAGUGUAUUCAUAUAGACCCCACUCAUAUCAAUUUUCUUGUCUACUCUGUCCUUUAACGACAGAUUCGGUUUCACAUAAUACAAAAUAUACAAAGGAAUGUGAACCAAUGUGAACAUUUCACGUUUGAAACAUCUGAAGUGAUUUAACAGUGAGAUCAUUGUUUUAAAAUGCCACUUAUAUACACAUUGGUGUUUCUUUUAUCAAUAGUGCACGGACAAAUAUCUGAUUACACCGAUAAAUUGUUCUUUAAAGUCAACGAUGAAGACUUUGAACACGUUUCAGGUGUUUUAAGGAAAGAGGAUUAUACAUUUGUGUCGCAGAUCAUUUCAGGCAUCUACGUAUUCCAAAAACGAGGAUUAACUGGGAAAUUGUCAAAAAAGGACUUACAGUCGAUCAAGAGCUAUGAUGACAAGGCAAGAAGCAUCCUGAUGAAACGACGCGAUAUACAGAAUAUACAAACGGUUGAGCAAGUCAGGAGAUGGCAAAUACAACCUACAUCGAAUGGACUUACCGGGGGAAAUCAUGGUGACCCUGGCUCGAAAUACGGAAUGGGCAUAGGAGAUGCGUGGAACUUAGGAGUGACUGGAGAGAACGUUACACUAGGGGUAUUAGACGUUGGCGUGGAUAUUGCACAUCCGUACCUGAAGGAUAAUAUUGCUCUUCAGUUGAGUUGGAACUACGACUCCAACAAUUCCGACGUUUCCCCCGGAUAUCAACAUAGCUAUAAAGAAAUGUUACAGUCGCAAGACCACGGAACAAAUAUAUGUGGUCUCCUGUCAGCGAACAGCAACGAGAAUGCAACAUGUGCAAAGGGUGUUGCUUUUCAAGCAAAAUUAGCCAUAAUGAAAGUUGCUCAUCUGGACGUAAAAAUAGGCGUUUUCGCUGACGACGACAAUAUUGCUAGAGGAUUAGCACAUAUAGCGAACACGAUCUCGAUUUACGUGAACGCAUUUACUUACAACAACACAUUUCGAAACCUUGAUUUUGCCACCGCAGCUGUGUUGGAACAGGGAACACGCAGUGGAAGAGAGGGCAAAGGGUCGUUGUUUGUUUUUCCGUCUGCCAAAAUCGGAGGUGGACUUGAAAACAACCUCCACACUAUUGUCGUCAGUGGAGUUGACUCAAAUGGAAGUGUUCCUGCGUCCGUUGAUAGCAACGCCGCUGUCCUUACGUCAGCGCUAGCUCACGGGUUUUCUUUGAUGACCAGGGGAAUGACUACCACAACGGGCACUAAUCCAGAAACAAAAUGCACAGAAAAAUUUGGAGGUACAUCAGCAUCAACAGCCUUUCUGUCCGGUAUACUGGCUCUUGUACUCCAAGCUAACCCAGACAUUUCUUGGCGUGAUGUUAUGCAUAUCAUAGUACAGUCAUCCGAACAUGAGUCGCUAAUGAGUGAAUCGUCCAACUUCACACCCAACGCAGCAGGCAAAUACUUUCACGCCAUGUUUGGGUUUGGUUUAAUAAAUGCCGGAAAAGCUGUAACACUGGCAAGAACGUGGACCCCUGUCGGAAAUAUGUUCGCUGUGACAGGGACACAUCAGUCUCAAAGAAGUGAUGUGUCUUGUUCGGUGGGAUUUGACAUCAAGUGCGCAGAUAAUUGCUCAUGUGUAUCUACGGUUGAGCAAGUUCAGGUCUCGAUCACGUGUCACACGUCGAAUCCAAACAAGACAAGUGUGUACAUGACUUCACCAAGCGGUACCAAGUCAAUUCUUGUACAAGAAGGCCAGAUCAGCACAAAGGACAUAAUAACGGAUGUCUUAAUGAGGUCCGUGAAUUUCUGGGGAGAAAAUGCAACAGGUCUUUGGAUUAUCAACAUCAGCAUUACAGAUGGAACAAUAUUCAACGCAAAUGUUUCCUCAAUCAUUAUUUCUGGAACUAACGCAAUUAAAUCGGGUGAAAUGCCCUGUGAAUCACAACACAAAUCUAAUUCGAAUGCUAAAUCACCAACGCCACAGGAAAAGUCUGCACUUGGAGCAACGAUAGCGGUGCUCUUUCCUGUUUGUAUCUUCAUCGUGUCGGGAAUAUUGUUGUACCUAAACACAGACCAUGCUCCAAUUAUUCCGCAAAAUAAUAUUAUGACGUUAAAAAAAAUCAAAAAGCGGUCGGUACUGUAUGGAAAGUGAAAAGGCUACUUGAUGUAUAUGAACUUGUGUUUCAUUUGCUUUAACUCGUUUAUAUAUUUCUACUCAAUUAUGCAUGUGAUAUAUAUAUGAUACCAUUGUUUUCUUGUCUUUUUCUGCAAAAGUUUGCCACUGAUUGCUUUCUGUGAUACGAUUGUCUUCAUAUAUUUUACUACCUGUUAUGUUUACUUGUUCAAAUUGUCUAGAGGUAGUUUAAACUUUAAUACAUUUUAUCACUUUCUGUAUCUUGUUUACUGUAGUUGCUACUUUUAUGUAAGAAAUAAUCAGUUGAAUGAAAGAACAAUGUUAAAAAUUUUAACUCUAUGAUUUGAUAAUAAGUAAAAGUGUAGCCAUUGAAUUAGCAAGUCAUAAAUGAGUAUUGACCUGCAGUUAUGACACGAUAUCGUUUGCACCGGCAAAUAGUGGCAUAGCCAUUAGGAACAAUAAGAACACUUUAUUCUUUAUUCUGUAACAAAUGCUUUAAAGUGAUAUUAUGGGCAUUUUUCACUGUUGAAUUGAGCUGAAAAGAAUUAACAGGUCAAAAGAGUUAGUUAAAAUGUGGUUACUGACCAAUUAUCUGCAACUCAUCAUGCUACCAGUUGUUUAUAAAAAAUAUAUUUUAUAUUCGAUAUUCUUACGUGACUCACCCAGUCCUGUAAGCCGAAAUGAUCCGUAAAACAAAAUUGUGUAUUUGUGUCGUAUGAAUGAAUCUGCACUAAAACUAAAUUUAGGUUCACAUUGUACAUGCAUGAUCAGUUGUCAAACGAAAGUACGGUUGAUAUUCAAAUGCAUUAUUUUUUCUCUUUCCGGGAUAUUUUUUUAGUAUGUUGAUGUUGCAUUAACAAAUAUAAGUGUAUAUGAAGUGAAAACACCAAAAAUAAACAACGGUUGCGAUAGACGCCUAUAUACUGCUAGAUGCCCAUAAUAUCACUUUAAGUGAAUUUUAUGUUUUCCAAUAUAUUUUGUUUUCGUU